UUAGUCAUUGUGAGGGUAUUUCGGGAAUGGAGGAGAGAGGGAGUGGAGCAGUUGGUGGCGUGGUUCCGCAUCGCUUCGUUGCCGCUGGAGCUUCAGCACCCGCCGCCGGAGCUUGAGGGCUUCAAGCCGGAGCCACGGCGGACGGAAAUGGCGGAAGAUAAGGAUAUGUCUUCUGUUGAUAGUAGCGGUCCUGUCACUGGCCAUAUUAUUUCGACUACAAUUGGUGGCAAGAAUGGCGAACCUAAGAGGACAAUCAGUUAUAUGGCUGAGCGCGUGGUCGGGACUGGAACAUUUGGCAUUGUCUUUCAGGCAAAAUGCUUGGAGACUGGAGAAACUGUUGCCAUAAAGAAGGUUCUUCAGGACAAACGAUACAGGAACCGGGAGCUGCAAUUGAUGCGGUCUAUGGAUCAUCCUAAUGUGGUUUCUUUGAAGCAUUAUUUCUUUUCCACAACAAACAGAGAUGAACUGUUUCUUAACCUGGUGAUGGAGUUUGUGCCUGAGACCUUAUAUCGGGUUCUAAAGCAUUUCUGCAAUGUGAACCAGAAUAUGCCUCUAAUCUAUGUGAAGCUAUAUACAUACCAGAUGUUCAGAGGCUUGGCUUAUAUACAUACAGUUCCUGGAGUUUGUCAUAGGGAUGUGAAGCCACAAAAUCUUCUGGUGGAUCCUCUGACCCAUCAAGUCAAGCUUUGUGAUUUUGGAAGUGCUAAAAUUCUGGUCAAGGGUGAAGCAAAUAUUUCUUACAUAUGUUCUCGCUUUUAUCGAGCUCCAGAACUCAUAUUUGGUGCGUCAGAAUAUACAGAAACAAUUGAUAUAUGGUCAGCAGGUUGUGUACUUGCUGAAUUGCUUCUCGGUCAGCCUCUGUUUCCAGGUGAAAGUGCAGUAGAUCAGCUUGUUGAGAUAAUCAGGGUUCUUGGCACUCCAACAAGGGAGGAAAUUCGUUGUAUGAACCCGAACUAUACAGAAUUCAGAUUUCCACAAAUAAAAGCUCACCCUUGGCACAAGGUUUUCCACAAGCGUAUGCCGCCAGAAGCAAUAGAUCUUACAUCCAGGCUUCUUCAGUAUUCGCCAAGCCUUCGCUGCAGUGCGCUUGAGGCUUGUGCCCAUCCUUUCUUCGAUGAGCUUCGAGAGCCCCAUGCACGUUUGCCCAAUGGACGCCCUUUGCCACCACUUUUUAAUUUUAAAGAAGAAUUAGCAGGUGCUUCACCAGAGUUGAUCAACAAACUUAUUCCUGAGCAUAUAAGGCGACAGGCUGGUCUUGGUUUUGUACACCCUGCCGGAACCUAAGCAGCUGGUUUUUCAGCAGAUUUCCUCAUCUCUCGACCGACCAAAUUUCAAACCGGUCCAUGUUUACAGACGGGAUCAAUUUGGUAAGAAAGCUUCAAAUGUUUGGUCACGGUGAGAAAAUCGGCUUACGAAUUUCAGCUGCAGUGA